GAAAAAAGCAAAAAAAAAACACAACAUAAGUAUGUGUGCUCCGCAUAUUCAAAUCAUAGAGAAAUACAUACUCACUGAAAAACUACCUAAAUUGAAACUACCAAAUACAAUUUUGUUUUUGUAAUCUAUAUGUACAACAUUGUAAAAAAUCCACAAGCUACCAAGAAUACUUCGAAUCGCUUAGAUUUUUACAAAGGCAUAAAGCGAAAUACGAAUCCGUUCAACUAACACAUCCAAAACAAGCGAAACGGAAGUACGCGUAAAAACAUUUAAAUUAGAAGCCACAAAAUAGACGAGACCAACACAGAAGUAAUCAAAUCACAAACAAUACAUGCCACAAUCAUACUAAUAGUUAAUGACACACAACAAAAGUUACAAAAAAUAAAAUAAAAUAAAAUCGUAAUAAUUUUUUAAGAUUACAAUCAACAAACUUAAAUUGCUACAGAAAAGAACGCAAACUCAAUCAACAAGCAGCAUAAAACGAUUUAACGUCGGUGGUCAAAUGCGCAUUCGGCUGAUCGGUCGGUUUCUGCUCUCUUUAGUAACGUGAGCGCACGCAAUCUCGCACUAAUUCUUGUUGUUAUUUCACUUAAGAAACACACACAAUCACUUGGAGACACGCUAAAUCGUCACCUUUACUGCUUGUUUCCCCUCCAAUAUCAACGUCCAAACCAACACGACCACUAUCACUAUUUCAUCGCCUCCACAACCACCACCAUCACCAGCAAAGCAAUCAAUUGACCCAACAGCGGCGCCGUUAAUUUCCUUUUGAAUGGAAACACUGGACAGUGGCAUUUAUGAGACGCAUAACUGCCGCCGCCUGCGACUCCUGCAACUCAACGCUGUCAGUCAUAACCACGACAAAGACAACGGCAACGUUAUCGUUAACGUCAAAGUUUACAUCAUCGAUACGAACGCUAUUUGCGUACAACAACGUCACUGCGCACGCUGCUGCGGCUGCUACCUGCUCGCUGGCGGCUACUAUACGUUGUGGAUUGUCAAAUUGAAUUAUCCAAAAGAUCGUUAAAAUCAUUCAAUCAACUGUUUAAAAUUUCUCUUAUACGGAAAUUUUACUAACUACUUUUUACACCUCGUAAAUAAAUAGUGGUUUUGCAGCAUCGCAAGCCGGCAAGACUACAAAACACCGCAAACAAAAACCCAACAACUUUUUUGAGUGAUUAAUUUCACUUCUUCAAUUUCCUUCAUUUAAUUUUAUUCGUCUCGAUUCAAGCGAGAGAAAAGCCAACAAAAAAUCGAACUCAUAGAAUGGUAGAAGGUGAUUCGGUUAAGAAUAAAAGUGAUUCCUAUAAUGUAGAGGCUGGCAUCCAACCAAACUACAAUAGCAGCAGAAACAACUCUAUCGACAAUCGCUCCAUUCUACAGCCCUAUUCAUUGGGCAGUGGUGGCAAGGAUCCCGAAUAUCAAUUCGCAGCAGUCAACAAGGGUUACGAGACGGACAUUAGCAGCGCUGGCGGUGAUAAGCAUGACGUAGAAAAGGGCAGUGCGGCCGUCAUUGAAGUCACUAACAACGGAGUCGCAUUACAAGGCUCUGCUGGCGGCAGUGGCAGCAAUGGCGGAGGCUCAGGCGCCGAUGGUCGUCGCUCAACUGGUGUACGUGCUAAUUUUGAGCAGGCCAUCGAAUUAUGCGGCUAUGGCAAAUUCCAUUAUAUCCUACUGGCCAUUUGUGGUCUGGUGAGCACCAGCGAGGAAAUGGAUGUCAUUUCAAUGUCGUUCAUCCUACCGUCGGCACAAUGUGAUUUAGAUUUGAACACAAGCUCCAAAGGUUGGCUCAACUCGAUCAUUUUCAUUGGCAUGAUGGUGGGUGCCUAUUUCUGGGGCAGCAUCGCCGAUGCGGUGGGACGUAAGAAGGUGCUCAUUGUGAUCUCCUUCAUGAAUGGAUUUUGUAUUGUUGCAUCGUCAUUUUCGCAAACCUACGAAUGGUUUAUGUUGUUUCGCUUUCUCAACGGUGCGGCUCUCGGUGGUAGCGGUCCGGUAAUUUGGUCGUACUUCGCCGAAUUCCAGCCGAAAGCGAAACGUGGCUCCAUGUUGAGUUUCAUGGCAGCCUUUUGGACCUUCGGCAAUCUCUUUGUUGCCGGCCUGGCGUGGCUCAUCAUUCCCAGUGGCAUUGGCUUCCAAACGGAUCUAAUUACAUACAAAACCUGGCGUGUCUUCCUGAUGGUAUGCGCUUUGCCAUCAUUCGUGGUCGCCUUCCUGCUCUUUUAUCUACCCGAGUCGCCAAAAUUCCUGCUGACCAAGGGCAAACAGGAAAGGGCCAUGGCCAUCUUCCGCGGUAUCUUCGUCACAAACACAAAGAAGCCAGCAGAGCAAUAUCCUGUUGUCGAAUUGGACAUCGAUGAGAAAUUGUUGGCUGAGAUCAAGGAGAAUCAGGCAGGUGUCAAGGGCAAAUACAGCAAAAUGAUGUCGAGUAUGGCCGACCACAGCAAACAGUUGUUCACUUCGCCAAUACUCAAAUUCACACUUGUCUCCAUCACCAUCAACUUUACCUUCCACAUUGGUUACUAUGGUCUGAUGAUGUGGUUCCCUGAGCUAUUCAAUCGUUUUGAUGAGUACAGCAAAGAUUUUCCAAAUGAGCGUGCCGGCGUCUGUACAGUUACCGCAUAUGUAGUGGGCAAGGGUCAGGCGGAGAAUGCUGUCUGCUCGUCGAACAUACCGCAGAACGUCUUCCAAGAGUCGUUGAUUUCAUUGGCGUCGGCGCUGCCAGCUAAUUUGAUCGCCAUUUUGGGUAUGGACUUGUUGGGUCGCAAAUUCUUCCUCAUAUUUGGCACCAUGACGGCCGGCGUCUGCUCGGCAGCCAUGUACUUCGUUUUCAACUCUACACAGAACCUGAUCGUGACGGCUGUGUUUAGCGGUGCCAUCUCGGCUGCAAAUGCAGCUUUGGACUGUCUCAUCACCGAAGUUUUCCCGACCCAUUUGCGCGCCACCGGUGUGGCCAUAUCCAUGGUGGCGGCGCGUAUGGGUGGCAUCAUUGGUAACAUUGUGAUCGCCACACUUUUAGAUCAGUAUUGCCCGGCACCGACUUUCAUUGUGGCCAUCCUGUUGAUAGGUGGUGGUCUCAUGUGUUUGAUGUUGCCCAACACAACACGCAAGGAAUUAAAUUAAGAAGGGAGUGGGUAUUGAGAGCGGAGCGAAGAGGAUGAAGGAAGAGGGAAGAGGGAAGAAGGAAGAAGGCGGAGUGGAGCAGAAAUGAACGAGUUUGGGAAAAAUACUCGGAACAAACGAAUUUCAAGAAUGGAUUUAAUUGAGUGGGGAAUAAAUGCAUGUACACAUACAAACGCAAACACAAAAACAAAGCAAAACAUAUACACACAGAUCUAAGUACUAAUGUAAUAUCGCUUAGGAAUUUGUUGUAAAUUUUCUAGCCAUGUAAUAUAUAUAAUAUAUGUAACUACCGAUUAAUAUAAAGUAAACAGUAAUAGAAUUUACAUACAUAUAUACACGUAAUUACCAAAAGUAAACUAAAAGUUUCAAGAAAACGAUCAUACAAAUUUAAUUUCAUAUUUUAAAUAAAAGUUGAAAGUAAGAAAAAACGAGAA